AUGGAACUCGAAGAUUUAGAAAAGAAUUUAACGGAGGAUACACUUGGGAUGGGAUGGGAAGAUAAAAACGAUCAAACAACAGAUCGUGACAUGAAUGGAGAAGUGACCCAUGAUUCUGGUGACAAAUUUCAACAGAACCAGUGGCAAUUUUCAGAUGAAGGUAAGAGUACUCAGUAGUAUUUCACUAGAAGUUUAACCCACGUUAAGUGAGAAUCAAAAGUAGCCAGGACGCAGUUGUUAAUAUCUACUCAGAGUUGCAGUGGCCAGCCCAUGCAGCUAAGAGUAGUGUCCAAGGUAUGGGUAGUUUCUUGGUGUUGUGGACGAGUGCAAUCACCAAAUGACGUAAUAUGUAAAAAGAUUGUAAAGAGAAUGAAGAAUACCCACACAACACAACAAAAGCAAACCAACAAUGAUUGCUUACUACACCAAGAGACACCCCAGGUAUGCCAAAAAAAUAGCUCCUGGUCUCCUGUAUAGCACUCCAGAUUUCCUAGACAAAGUACCAUGAGUACAGUGCAAAGUUUUAGCAAGGUGGGCAUCUGAGUGUCCGGUUUGGGAUUUGAUAUUAUUUUCCUUGUGUUUACAAUGCUAUUGUAUUUCUACAACUGCACAUUAAAUGUGACUUGAGAAUUACAAAAAAGUCUGGCAGUCAACAGUAAUGUUGUGGUGAUUUAGCAUAGUGGUCUCAUUUAAGGUGCCAAUAAACCAACAUAUGAAGCUUAAUGUCUCCGAUUUAAUCUCUACCUAUGUCCAAGUUAGGAGAAUCCUAAGGGUGAGUGUUUGAACUGUUGGCAGUUGAUUGGCAACUCUUCUCUCUUUUGUCCAUGGACUUACAUGUAGAUAAAAUUAAUCAGCUGAUUAUUAUAAAAAAAUUUUUCCUGUCGCAGGGCCAAUUGAGUAUGAGAGCGAUCCUUCAUCUGACAUUGACAAGAAUUACUUCAGUGAUCAAGAAUCACUCACUGGGUAAGUGGUCUCUCAGACUACCAAGCACUAUCCCAUUUAGAACCCUUACUCAUUAAGGCAACUUUAAUGAAAGUGCGCUCUCUGAUUUGUCUGGGCAAAUAGAUGUAUUCUGUUUGCAAGUUUGAGUAAGUGUGGAUGAAAAUGCUAACUUGUUCUUAGACCAGUAGUGGUAUGUUUUACUUUUUUCCUUACAAAUUAUUUGUACGCAAUUGCAUUUCCAGUUUUGUGUCACAGUCAAACUUUCUUCGUUAAUAUGGAUACCAAGGGACAGAGCCAACACUGUCUGAGUUACAGAGGUGUCUGUAUUACAAUCAAACUUCCUUAACCUUUUAAGUGCCAAGAGUGACAAACAUCAAUUUUCUCAUAACAUUAUAAGUGCUCAAUCAGGAGAAGAAGUUAUGAGAAUUGAUGAAAUGAUCACCGAAGGAAAAAAUACUGUGGUCAUUUUUCAAAUUCUCCCAACUAGUUAUGUAUGGAAAUGUAUAGAGAUCAGUUUGGAGAAUUUGUAUGCAGAUAUUAGGACCUAAAGGGUUAAUGCAGACACACUGGAAGGACAUAGCCAAGUGCAGGUGUGAACAUUACAGAGAUGUCUCUAUUACAGUCAAACCUCAUUUAUUUUAUUUCCUUGGUAAUAAACAAUACUACAUUUACAAAAUUUCCUUUUUAGGAGUAUGGAUGGAGUAGAGGAAGAUGAAUAUACAUCUGAUCCCAUUGCACAACAAACUAGACAGGUUAGAGUUUUUCUUUGA